AUGCGGAGCGCCUGCCACAGUCACAGCACACGUCCGCCUGGAUGUGUCACAUCCAUGUUUCUCUACAUGCUAAUCUUCAUGGCCUAUCAUGGCAGCAGAUGGAUACCAAGGAAUAAGAGGUUAAAAUUUCAAAUACUCAAUGCAGUGUUCAUAGCAGUUGUUCUGGUUCCCCAGUUCUACGUCUUGACAAGGCCCAAGUCGUCCAGAUACUGCAGGCAGCCUCUUCUGAACAACCUGUCAGCCUCCAUUGCCUUGUCCUUUAUUGCUUCAGGUUUUUCAGUGAUCUUCACCUUGUUGGACCCAGUUCCUCAGAGCUUGUGGGCGUCCUACCACAUGUUCGGGCUGCUGUCGUGUGGACAGGGACUGUGUACCGCCAUCCUGACCCUGACAGCCGCAGCAUGUGCCAACACGACACCAGAGCUCUACUACACGUCUCUCGUUCUAACGGCGGCCUCCAUUUUCAGCACAGGGUUUUUCAUGGUGAGAGGAGGACUCUGGCUGGCGAGGGGGCAGCCUGUGACGGACCUGAGCGGGAACAAUGUCAGAUAAAAAACAGCCCAGCUGUCCCACGUUGACACCCGAGACUGCACA